CUCAUAUAUUCGAUUAUCUCCUGCAAUUUCGCUCAACUGAAGAGCAGCAGACGUAUGUGAGCUUCAACCAUUCCACAGGGUGCUGCUGCAUACAAAAGGAAAUACUCGAUCCCGCAUGUGUACUGUCUUAGAAUUUACGAAAGCAUUUGGAAGGCAAACACAUUCACAUUACACCUCGCUCGACCACCACCACCGCUGCCACCGCCGGCGAGUUCGGCUACUAGCUUUGCAAGUUAAUGCCUGCACAGAAGCGCGAGUCCUCUCCAUCUCCUUCAGCUGAGGAUGAGGAGGAGAAGGCCGACGAUUUGCAGCUGGACAAUCAAAAUCAGAACGAAGAAGAAACCGAUGAAGAAGAAGGUACGUGCAUACGUAUCUUAGGUUCAUCUUUACGCGUAGAAUCUUCUCUCCACUCUUGAUACCUAGCGUGCCAGUACAGUAUUUCGAUGGGUUCUUUAGUUUUCACUCGACGAUUGUGUCUUUGACUUGUAGAUUCGGAUGAAAGCUCUUCGAGCGAUGCCGUAAAAGACGAAUUUAUCAGUCUUAGACUAUCAGAAAUACGCAAAGAAGUACAAUGUCCGAUAUGCUUAGGCAUUAUUCGAAAGACAAGAACGGUUAUGGAAUGUUUACACCGAUUUUGCAGAGAAUGUAUUGACAAGUCUAUGCGAAUGGGGAACAACGAAUGUCCUGCUUGUCGCACGCAUUGUGCUAGUCGCCGUUCUUUGAGGGAUGACCCAAACUAUGAUGCUUUAAUAGCUAUACUGUAUCCAGAUAUUGACAAAUACGAGGAAGAGGAAUUGGCUUUUCAUGAAGAGGAGAUGGCUCGAAAUAAGCAGAUUCAAGCAUCAAUUGCCCAGACGCUUCGGCGUCAAACUGAAGCAUUGGGAAGAAAGAGAACACCAAGAUCAAAUCAAUCAGCAUAUAUUAGGAGAUCUGGAAAUAGAAAUUUAAGGAGAAGGAGAAACCAUCGAGUUGAACCUCAAGGGUCUGAUAAUGAUGAGGAUGGCAAUGGUCAUGAUGACAAAGAUUCGUCUUCUGCUGAUGAACAGCAUGGUACAGAAGCCAAACCAAAAAGGGCUAAAAGAUUGGGAGGGAGAUUCUCUAUAGGAUCAACAGCAGGCAAUGCCAAUUCAGGCUUUGAUGAAAAUGAUUCAGAAAUGAACAGAGAGUCGUUUGGUGCAAUGGGGCUUAUUGGCAGCUCAGAAAUUCUUGCAUGGGGGAAGGGUGGCAUGCGAAGUCAAAAAACUCAAAAUAGGCAUAGCAGUCUGGGUGGCGGCAGCGGUAAUGCCCGGCUUCGCAGGAACAGCAGAGUCUCAAAGCUGAUUGAAUCUCUCCAACAUUCAAAUCAAAAUGACGUAAAGGUUGAUAUCGGCCUCAUGCUUGUUUCCUUCUGUGAGGAAGAUAUUCCAAGUUUGCAACGACCAUAUCUUUGCUGCAGACCAACUCUGACUGUUAAACAUUUGAUCCAAUAUGUCUCUCUGCAGACUUCAAUCCAAGCUGAUGGAAUCGACAUGUUGGUGAUGAAAGAGCUUAGUUCCACCGUGAAACCUUCAAGCUCUGAGGCUGUGUUCAACACAAAAUCAGUUGCAGGCGUUCCUUGCAAUGGUGAGUUCGACUUGUUACGAGAAAACCAGACGUUGGAAGAAAUCCGAUCCAGCUGUGGUUUUAGUCAAUGUAAUCUGCUUUUGGCAUAUCGGCUCAAGUCAAAAGGUUAGGGAUGGUGGCUGUGGUAAUGGUGGUGAAAAACAUUCAGUUGCUGUGCACAGAUACUUGGGAAUUUCGAGUUUAGUCAAAUCAGCCAGUCUAGUGUUUUUAUUUAGCUUAGUGGAAAGGUAAUCAGUUAAGCCUAUAAUCCGUACUUGUACCAAAGCACCUUUCAUUCAAGGUGUUGUGAUCUAUAUAUGGAAGGUCCUAAUUAAGAUAAUACCAACACAAAUGAGUAGCUGCUCUUGACAAUCUCUUGUACGUUUAUAUAUAUAUAAUAUAUAUACACCUUUCUUUAGAAAGUAGUGAUGCCUAAGUGAAAUUUUAUAACUGAUGACCAUACGUUCCAUGUUUUUUCAGUUAUGACUACUUGUUACUCUGAGAAGUUGGAACUGGCUCAUCAUGACACAUACACACACAACAUUGGUAAGAACAUACUUCCUCCGUCCCAUAAAAUAGUUCCCACUUUGAUUUGGGCCGGAGUUUAAGAAAGUGGGAAUAAAGUGGAAAUAUAUGGUUGUGUUUGAGUAAGAAAAAAGUAAAUGAAUGGUAGCCACACAAAACCUUCCAAAAAGGGAAAUGAGAACUAUUUUUUGGACCAACUCAAAAAGGAAAGUGAGAACUAUUUCAUGGGAUAGAGGGAGUAGUUUUAAGGCAGUGGCAGAACAUAGUAGCUAUCCAUAAAAAUGCAGUGAACGGGUUUUGUGAACAUAUGUGUAAUCCCUUGACCAUAUAAUAUGUUUGAGUCCUUGGAAUACAAUGUGGUGAUGCGUUGGUCAUUGUUCUCAUGGAAAUGCUACCGUUGUCUAGACUCACUUACAAGUAACAUCACUAAACGCGCACCAUAUUCACCAUUCUC